AUGAAGUCGCGUUUAGUAGCUAGCUUUUCGAGUUUCUGGAUUACUUUCGGCCUGGGAGUGCUGCUGGCAGGAGCUGAAACCUUCGGGCCGCGCCACAUCACGCUGAUGACUGGCAGUCCCGCUCCGGCUCCGGCUCCGGCCCCGCAUCCAUCACCACCGCAUGAAGUGAUCAUAUCCGAGGACUACGAUCAUCACGACCACCACCACCAUCAUCCGCCGUACCCGCCGCCUGGCUAUCCCUAUCCCCCUCCGCCGCAGCAUUGUCAGUGCCCCCCUGGACCGCCAGGUCCACCAGGGCCUGUGGGAGCGCCAGGCGUUAAAGGAUAUCCAGGGAUGAAGGGUCCCAAGGGUGAUCAAGGGCAGAAGGGACCACCAGGCGAGAAGGGUUACCCGGGCUUUCCAGGUCUCCCCGGUCCUCCAGGUCCUUCAGGUCCUCCCGGUUUCCCAGGCUCGCAUUCAUAUCGGGACAACUACCCACCACCAGCACCACCGCCUUCCCAUGGACAUCACGGGGAUCACGGGCACUAUGGGCACCAUGGAGACUAUGGACACCAUCGCUACUUCUCGAAUGAACAGUCCUAUGACGAAGACGAAGACGACUACGAGGGCCACGAGCGUACCUUUGGUGAAGUAGAAGAGGAGUCGAUUGGCCACCAACCAAUCCUCUUGGCAUUCAGUCAUGUGGGUAAUCCAUUUGCCACAAAUUCAAACAGAAAACAGAUUUAA